UUAGGCAAGAGAUGGAUCACAAAAUUUAUACGAGAUAAUACACGUAUUGCCUCAGUUAUUGGAAGGCCUAUUGAGGCUGCUCGUAUCAACGGCACGCAUCCUGACCUCAUUCAAGAGUUUUAUACAGCUUACGAAGACGCUGUUCGCCUUCUUAACAUUGAGCCUUCAAAUACAUACAAUAUGGACGAGCACGGAAUUGCCCUUGAUAUCUGUGCUAACUCGAGAGUUCUUGGAGACUCCUCUCGUCAACGCUCGUAUGUCAAAUCACCACAAGAUCGCGAAUGGGUCUCAAUUGUUGAAACUGUAUCCCCAACAGGUGGCUUUACGCGCCCUCUGAUUAUAUUUAAGGGUUGUAAUCCACAGAGCACUUGGUUUCCUACUGAAACACCUGAUUAUAUCUAUACAACCUCUGAAAAUGGCUGGACAACAAAUAACCACGGUCUCCACUGG